CCAAAGAUAAAAACAAAGGUCUCUUUUUUCUCACCUGUACAGUUUUACUUCAUCGUUUUAUUUAAAAUACUUUAAAUAAACUAGAAAAACUUAUGAAAACUCCUCAGAUGGAUACUUUAAUAGACUUUCCGUUUGAUGAUAAAAAGUUUGAGGUGACGGAUGAGAUGAAGAAAUGUUUUGAUGAGCAAGGAUAUUUAUUGUUGAGAGGUUUGCUAAGUCCAGAAGAACUUAAAAAAGUAAGAAAUGUCCUGGAGAAUACAGACAUGAUAAAGAAGCAUGGAUAUGGGAUACCUGAUGCUUCUGGUAGAAUGCCCAGAAUGGUUUUGUGGCGAGCCCCAGGGAGUGAUGUUACAGGAAUGAUCUGUCGAUGUGAAAAAGUUGUUACUACUUCAGAAAAACUUUUAGGAGGAGAGGUUUACCACUAUAGUUCUAAAGUAGUGAUGAAAGAUCCAAUGGUUGGAGGCAGACAAGAGUGGCAUCAGGAUUACGGAUACUGGUACAAGAAUGGACUACUAUAUCCAGAUGCUCUCAGUGUAUUUAUUCCAGUUGACAGAUGUAAUAAAUCAAAUGGCUGUCUUCAGAUUUUACCAGGAUCUCAUGUCUGUGGGCGUAUAGAACAUGGUAUGGUUGCUGGUCAAACUGGGGCUGAUUUAGAACGUGUCAAACAACUAGAACAAAAACUGCCAAAACACUAUGUGGAAAUGGAAGCAGGUGAUGCCUUAUUUUUUCAUUCAAAUGUUCUCCACUGCAGUGAUCCAAAUGAUAGUCCAAACAGACGCUGGGCCUUUAUAAUGGCCUACAACAUGGCCACCAAUGAUCCGGUAGAAAGUUUAGCAGCUCCAUUCCCGAGAUACACAAAACUGGAAAAAGUACCUAACUCUGCUAUCUUGGAAUGUACAAAUGAAACAGACUUUAGUGGAAAAGAUUUCUUAGAUCCAACAGAAGAUAAAACUGUGAAAGCUGACUUAUCUAGACCAACCAAUGCUACAAAGGCAUAGAAAUGUGCUGAUUGUUUAAUUAAAUAGUGGGACAUAGACAUUAAGGUUGUACUGUAGGGGUUAAUAAGUUUAAUUUGACAAAAGUGGUAAUAAAUCUUUUAACAUAGAGGUAACUGUUUUUGUACAUAAAUAUAUAAUUUUAAUUUUGGAUGUAAUGCGUCUUCUGAUUGGCUGACGUCGUUUUGUUUAUCAUAUCAUAGACACAAUUUUGUCAUCAAUGUUUUUUCAUGAAUUACGCCAGUUUAAAAUGGAAUUUAGAAUUGAAUUAUAAGAAAUAACUGUAAUAUUUUGUCAGUCUAUUCGAAAUAACAUACAAAAUGUGGUGCACAC